AUGUCACCGCCCUCCUCUCCGCCGCCCCUACGGCAUUCUCACGCUUCAUUGCGAACCAAGCCCAUUCCUCGAGGGUCGAUUCCUGUGGAUGAGGAUGACGACUUGGCUGGCGAUACCAUUCCGUGCUCGCCGUCUGCCUUUUUCAGGGACCAAUCUCGCGAACCGGCCGUUACACAGCCAACUCAGAUCCUGGUGAAACCAGGCCUGCACCCGUUGGACCGUUCAUCGUCCCCUCCGAGCGUCAUCGAGGUUCCAGCCUCGUCACCUUUCCAGCAAAAACAGCCCGCAAGGCUGGGUUCUCUCGUUGCACCGAGAGGCACCUUCUACCGACCACCCUCCAGACCACCGCCACCACCACCACCACCCGCGAUUUCCAAGCGCCCAGCGACGACACAACCAAUCAGCCUUAUAAGUGACGACGAGGAAGAUUUGACACCGCCCCGUGGAGACAUUCGUCCCACAGCCUUCAAAGCCAAGCUGGCGGAAUUCGCCUACAAUCCUGCCGCGCAGGAGCGAGAGACGAAAGCAAAGCUGCGUCAGGUCUACGAUGUCCUUGGCGAUAAAUUCACGUCAGACAGGGUUAGACAGGCUCUCAAGGCAUGCAAGAAUGAUCCGCACGAGGCCAUCGCCUGGCUGGAGUCGCAGCCCUCGGAGUCGCAGAAGAGCGAUUCCCAAGACUCCAUAAAGGCAAAAGGCCGCCGAUUAACGUCCAAGCCAUCGGCCAAGCAUCGUCCGACAACAAGAGAACCGUUCCGUUAUCGAGACACUUCACCUCUUGCCACGUCGAGGCUGCCCAAGAACGAACCACGGAAACCGCCAAAGCGUCGAUUGGUGCAAGGCCUGAAGCAGCGGAAAGAUUCCUCGCCCAGGAAGGCUUUUCCGUCAUCACCACCGCCACCAUCUUCAAGUGAUGAAGCUUUGGUCAUCGAUCUGGUCAACGACGACAAGGAGGACGCAUAUGAGGCAGAGCCGUCUCCGGAACCCUCCCUAGAAGACGACCAACGGGUUCUAAAGUGCCUCAACCUGAGCACCCUGGCGGAACUUGCGGCCAUGACGGGUCUGAAGGAGGCAGAUCUAGAACCUCUGCUUGAAAAGAGACCAUUCGAGGACCUCUCGCAAGCAAGACUGGUCAGUGCAGCCAAGAAACCAGGGGCACGGAAAUCAGCUCGAGUCAGCAUAGGCGAGACUGCUGUGGAUGCCGUCGCCAUCUUCUUGAAUGCAGUAGCGGCCAUUGACGAGGUGGUGGCUAAAUGCGAGGUCAAGGGCCUGGCGGUCAAGGACGUUGUGGAUGAAUGGGAUCUCGACGCUUUCGGCCACGACAAACGGAGCAGCCAAGCACUCCCCGAUGACGACGGCCUGCCUCCCACGCCGACGAGCCUGCACUCCAAGUAUGUCAGACCGCUCGUGCCCCAGCAACCGGCGCUCAUGGACGGGCAUUGCCAGAUGAAGCCGUUCCAGCUGUUCGGCUUGAACUGGAUGUCGCUACUGUACAACUACGAAGUCGGGUGCAUCCUGGCAGAUGAGAUGGGGCUUGGAAAGACCUGCCAGGUCAUCUCCUUUAUGUGCCAUCUGGUGGAGGAACACGAACGAAGCCCCAAGCAGCCUCGACCGUGGCCGAAUCUGGUUGUGGUGCCACCGAGCACCUACAACAACUGGCUGCAGGAGUUUGAAAGGUUUGCCCCUGACUUGUCCGUCGUCGGCUAUCGAGGAUCGCAGUCGGAGAGAGCCGAAAUCGCGUACGAGAUUGAGCAAGAGCCGGAGGCUUACCACGUCGUGUUGGCGACAUAUUCGCAGAUGACCACGGAGGCGGAUAUCGAUGCGAUGAAGUCGUGCGGCCUGAAUGCUGCCGUCUUUGACGAGGGACACAAGAUGAAGAAUCCUGAAACGAAAAUCUACAAGGACCUGCGGCGGAUUCCCGCGUCGUGGAAGAUGCUUCUUACAGGGACCCCCGUGCAGAAUAAUCUUUUGGAAAUGACGGCCCUGCUUAAUUUUAUCAACCCAAAAAUGUUUGAUGGGUAUACGGAACAUAUCCGGUACAUUUUCAGCCAGAAAGUCACGAUCCGCGACGUGUCCAACGGAGCCUUUCUAUACGCUGGACGCGUUGGACGGGCAAGAACAAUCCUGGAGCCAUUCAUCCUGCAGCGGCGGAAGGAUCAGGUCCUGUCAGAUAUGCCGCAAAAGGUGUGCACAGUUGUGCACUGCGACAUGACGGAGUCGCAGCAAGAGACGUACGCAGAGUACGAAGAGCUGUUCAGGCUGGAACCGUCGUUGCGAGCACGCAAGGCCAAGGGGCGCCAGAACGACCAAAACAACGUGUGGAUGCAGCUCCGCAAAGCGGCGCUGCACCCGCUGCUGUUUCGACGACACUUUACCGACGCAAACGUGGAGGAAAUGGGACGAAUCCUCAUGGACCGGAUCCCGCAGGACGAGCUGCAUCAGCCUGAUAUCAAACACCUAGUCCAGGAGCUCAAGAACUCGUCGGAUUUCGAGCUGCAUCUGUGGUGCCGAGACUAUGCUCGACUGCUGGGGCGGUUCGACAUCCCGGCGGCCGCGGAACUGGACAGCGGCAAGGUGAGGAAGCUCUUGGAGCUGAUUGGGCAGUACCGGGAAAAGGGCGAUCGAGUGCUCGUGUUCAGCAAGUUUUCCCGACUGAUUGAGCUGCUGCAAGAGGUCCUGGCGCUGCAGGGCAUCGACCACCGAGUGCUGAUGGGCAACACCAACGUGUCGGAACGGCAGAGCCUGAUUGACGAGUUCAACGGCAAUGCCGAGAUCCCGGUCUUUUUGCUGACGACGGGCGCUGGCGGAACGGGCAUCAAUCUGACGGCCGCGAACAAGGUCAUCAUCUUUGACCAGUCCGACAACCCGCAAGACGACAUCCAAGCCGAAAACCGAGCGCACCGGCUGGGCCAGCAGCGAGACGUCCAAGUGGUUCGGCUGAUCUCGUCGCAGACAAUCGAGGAGCUCAUUUACAAGGCGUGCCAGAAGAAGAUUGAGCUGGCCAACAAGGUGACGGGAGCGCUGGACGAGGAGAGGGAACAGCCGAACCUGGAGCAAGAGGUGCGGAAGAUGAUGUUGCAGGGGAAGAUGACGCCGCCAUGGCAGGAUGAUGGCGUGAAGACGGGCACCAGCGGGUGA